GUGGAGGCUCAAUCAGGUUGACCCAGUCAGGCAAACAAAGGAGGCUGAAUGAUCUGUUGCAUUCCUCUGACACAACAGAGAAGCUGGUGGUUGACCUUACCAAGAUUGGCAGAAAGCGAACUCAUUCUCUUGAUGAUGAAUCAAAACACACAUCCCAGUACAGUGCUUCUGGCUCCAGAGAUGACUUUCCUGCGGCAGGAGAAUAUGACCACAAUGGUUACUUGGAACCUCGAGGUGGCAAAGGCAGGUACCUGGAUUUGAUGAAUUAUGCCCCUGAGCUCAGGCUUCUAAAAGACCCAUAUGGAAAUCCACUUGUCUCAGCAAAUGGAUCCUCUUUGCCUUCUGUACAUGUGACCCGCAAGGGGUAUUAUCCAUCCCACGUUAAUUACAUGCUUCUGCCCCCUGAAGAAGAUGCAGAAGAUGUUGAGUGCCAUAGAAGUGGUGAUUUUGGUGCAGAAGACUCCAGGUAUUGUUCCCAGUCAUCGUCCAGGGACAAGUCGAGACAUCCUUAUGGUUUGAUCUCCGUGGAAGAGUCUCCUGUAUAUUCCAGGGUCGUGGAUGAUCAUCAGCAUUAUUCCUCAUCUUCUGGCCGGGAGUUUGCAGAUGUAUACUACCACCCUCAGUCCAUGAGAGCUCCUUCAGGAGCAGCAGUGAUGGUGCCCUCAUCGCGACAGCGGAAGUUCUCAGACCAAGACCUCUACAGCAGCACAGCUCCAUACAGACAGCGACAUCCUUCGUCCUCCAGCUCAUGCCAGGACCAUCGGUACGCCUCUGUUGAGUGUAACAACAACCGCAACAGCAUCACCAACAGCAACUUCAGCAAUGGCUCUGUUUUCUUAUGUGAUGGUGGUGGUGGUAGUAGCAGCAGCAGCAGCAUCAGAAACCGAAAUGGUUCUGGUAGUAGCUACCACACUUACGCCAAACCAGGAUUAGCUUUCAACAUGAACGUGAACUUACCCCCUCCUGUGGAGGACAUCAGCGCCAAACUGUCCUCCAGCCAUGACACAUGGGCCAAUAACUCUGAUGACGUGUUUAUAGAUGACACAGCUUCUCACUGCUCCAGUCAACUCGUACCUGAAUUUAUAACCUAUCAGGGUCGCAGUCUUUGUUCUUCUCAGUCAGAAGGUCAAGGGUAUAUAGAGGAGAGCACUGCCCUGGUUGGGUAUGAGGAGCCCCAGGUCAGUUUAGUUUAA